GCCGGAUACACCUGUGUUGCUAACCUACCAGCCACCUGAAAUGAAAACCGCGCCACUCUGUUUAUGUUUUCAGAUGUUACAUUCAUACCUAUCAGUUUAAGUUCUUCUGUUUAAAAUGAAUGAAACUGCAGAGGAGCCCAGCAGGAGUGCAAACCAACGGGGAUCUCUACCUGCCUCGAGCUCCCCGCUGUCGUCUCCUACCCGAACCUGGCUGCCAGUCGACCCUUGGAUGAAUACUUUCAGAAUGCAUCAGGAUUCUCUGGACCAUCAUGUCAGGAUGCAGUCGAGUCCUCCCUCUCCUUUCUACGAGGAGCUCUUCUGUAACAGUCGGAGCCUCAGCCCUCUGGCCCCUCUUGCAGGGGCCCUCAUGAGCAGCACCUCAGGGCCCCAGAGCGAUGUGGUUAAACAAGGUUACCUCGGGAACUUGAAGUGCAUCCACCGAAGAUAUUAUGUCCUGAGAGGAGGAAGUCACAUUGGGCCGAGCCGACUCGAGUGGUACAAGAGCCAGGAGAAGUUCACAGCCGUUGAGAAGUCUGCUGGAAAGACUGCACUGUUUGGGUCAAACAAGCAAGGGCUGAUUUACCUGAGGUGCUGUCUCGGUGUGAGCCGGGUCAGCAGUCCCAGAAAAGGCCAAACGGUGACGCUGUAUGCCAAGGAUCAGACUGUGGUGCUGGUGGUGGAGGACCAGUGCGAGCAGGAAGAGUGGUAUCAGGCGAUAAAGAAACUGAUGGAGGAGGAACGCAAGGAUGAGGAGAACGGAGAGCGUUUUGACGAGGAGGAUGACGGCUACUGCACUUUGCCUCCUGCUGCUUUCUUCAAAGAGGUUUGGCCCGUCACAGUGAAGCCUCACAAUCUGGGCGGUUCAAAAUCCCUGGCAGGGGAGAGCCGGCUCUGUCUUACAGCUACGUCCCUCAUCCUGAUCAGAGUGGGCUCGUGCAGUGAUUUACCGUCGGUUACAAUACCGUUACUGAGCGUUCGGCGCUUUGGUCACUUGGACGGCUCUUUCUUUUUGGAGCUCGGGAGGUCGGCACCAAACGGCCCGGGAGAGAUCUGGAUGGAAGCAAGAGACCAAGGGAACUCGGCAGGAGCGCAGCAGAUUCACGAGGUGGUCCGUGACACAGUGAAAGCCCUACGAGCUCUACCUGACUUCAGCAGGUCUCCCACCUCUAAUCACAAUCAGCUUCAUCUGGCCUCAAAACGCUGCCGACCCAAAUACAGGGACAAAGCAGUGACUGUGAGACCGCUUGGUUUCCGCUUUACCCUGCCUCCUACAACCCCUGAAUUGUCAUCAAGUCCAUUACAAAGCCGCUCGGCGCUCCGAAACCUGGACGAAGCUGAGCCUGAUUCAUCUCUCGGCUCCACUUCACCUCUAAGAUCGCAUCAAAGCUCAACACUUGAAACCAGCAGCUACAUGGACAUGAAGAUGGACCGGCAUCCUCCAGAGAACAAAGUGAGAGGAAACGACUGUGAAAGAGUCACCAUGGUGACCGGGAGCCCCCGCACUGCUGCGGCCAGCGGGAUGGAGAACUUGGAGCCAGGUGAAGAAGACGAGGAGGAGCAGGGUCUGGGGUACAUGAUGAUGUCACCACAGGUGGGCUCCAGUUCAUUGAAGCUGCCUCAGGAUGACUAUGUUACCAUGGCGAGCCCACAUAAACACAACCUGCCUGCCUACACUUCUUCUUUUCUCUUCUUCUGCAGUUCCUUCUCUGACAGCUGCUCCCCUGUGCACCUGUCUUGUCAUAAGACCAGUGAGCACAGUCCGCCAAACUGGCCGUUUACCUCCGUCCGAUACUUUGAAACCGAAGCUGACCAAUCACAGAGGAGCAUCAGCUGCUUUAGCCAACCGCAGGAUGAGUCAGGGCAGGAACAGAAAUCGGCAGAUUACGAACAACUCCCUUCAAGGACCCGGAUCACGUCGACACCUGUGAAGAAUGAAAAUGGAUCUGGCAUCAUAGCGCCUUUUCCCACAAGCGAGCUAGGCUCUCCCAGGCCAGUUCAGGCUAGUCCAAACCCAGGAAGAGGCGGGUGUAGUCCGCUCCAAGCUGCAACAUAUCGAUCCACCAGAAGAUCCCGGCUGUCUUUGUGUCUGCCUUCUUGCUUUCAAGCUGAGGACAGACCCUGAGUUUAAAAUAUCAGGGUUUUGUUUUUUUACAUCAAUAUUCAGAACAGACAUUAAUUCUGAAUAUAUUCAGCAGAAAAAAAAAGUUUAUAAGUAGAACUUGAAGCUGAGGAUGGAAUAAUGGAGUUAAAUAUUUUAGUGUGAAUAAUGCUGACACUUGGGGAACAGAAAUUCAACUUAAGUGUCUUGAAUUUAAUACUAAAAUAUAUAUUUGAGAUUAAAUAAAGUAAAUGUUGGAAGUUGUUUUUUGUUAUGUAUAUAAAUUCACAUUUUGUCUCAUUUGGUGUGAAAAGAAUACUGCCUUAAGUUUUUGUAUAAACCGCACGACUUAAAGAUAAUCCACUGUUGUAUGAAAAGAAUAAAGUCACAUGAAUUCACA